UGAAUUGAUGAAUGGGUGAAACCUUACGAAACUCGCCGGAUCUCGACCACUGCACAGUUGGCUGCUCUGCUUUGCUGGGGGUCGGUUGUUCGUGUGUACGCAAGUUUACAGGAUUCGAACCCUAAACCUACUACUCCGUUUCAAACCAACUCGGCAACUAUCCUCCUAGCCUCUUCAAAUACACACUCUUCUUCGGUUUUUCCCACCAUAAGGAAAUCACAGAAAUUCUCAAUUUUCAAUUUUCCAUUGGGAACAAGAGUUUGAUCUUCAAAUAAUCCACACCUAUGGAACAGAUAAUUAACUCAGCUCUUGAAGAGAUCUGUGUGCAACGCACCGACGGUAUCUCCCUCUCCACUCUGUGGUCGAGGCUCGACAAUGAUCACGGACUCUCUCCAGGACAAAAGAAAGCCUUAUGGGCGAAUCUCCUAGCCGUCCCAACCAUCCAAUUCCAUGCCGACAAGGUCGCGUAUAGCCGCACUGAUCCUUCAAUUCAGUGUUUUGAGGAUGCACAAAAAUUAGGUUUGAAGAUUAUUGCUAAUCAGCAAUUAUGGGAUAGCUUCUUGGGCCUUUACAAUACCUCUACCGCCAAUGCGAAUAUGCCUAACAUGCAACGCCAGGCCCUUGAGCGGAUUGCCCUCGCAAGAAAAAAUGGAAUAACACAGAGUCAACUUGUUAAGGAAUUUGGCACUAAAGGGAAGAAUUUCUUUAACCCAGUGAGGAACCUUGAGUGCCAAGGGCUGAUUACGAGGCAAUCUGCAGUUGAGAGAACUAAACAAGCUUGCAGUGAAGGGAAAGUAAAAAACAGUUCAAGUGUUUGCACCAAUUUAGUUCACUUGCGUCGCUAUGCAGAUCAUUUGGGAUCCCAACAAAAAUUUGAUAUUACUAGGGAAGAACAUGAUUUGCAUGCUCUUCAUAAUGCAACUGAAGGUGAUACAAGUAGAGAUGGUUCUUCUGCAAAAUGUCCUAAAGAAAAUGUUCUCAUAAAAGAUUAUGUACCAGCAAUGAAGGCUAUCUGUGAUAAACUUGAAGAAGAGACUAACCAGGUUCUUGACAUCUCAGAAAUUAAACGAUGUCUUGGUUAUAAUGGAGCAAGUUCGAGCCACAAGGCUUGGAAAAAUAUCUGUGGCAGGUUGAAAGAUGAUUGUAUUGUGGAGGAGAUUAAUGCUAAAGCCAGAGGAAAGGUAGUCCCUUGUUUACGUUUGCUGAAAAAGUUUACUCCGAAGAAUAAGUCAGAAGCUCACAUAUAUGGAGAUGAAGUUUUAAGUAAAGGACAGAUUGUGAAGUUUGGAAGGAAAAGUCAAAUCUCUGACCAUCUUGUAGAGCUUCCCAUUGACCAUCAAAUUUAUGAGAUGAUAGAUGCUGCAGGAUCAGAAGGGUUGCUUUUCGUGAAGGUGUGUGAGAGGCUUGGAAUUGAUAAUAAAAAGAAUAGCUCUCAUCUUGAUAAUCUGGAAAAAAGAUUUGGGGUAUGUAAGCAGAAGGAAAUCCUUAAUACUGCCAUUGCAAAUCGAGUGUGGACCUGUAAAAACUUCAAUCUUGAACUACCCUACGCACUUACAAGUAGCUCUGAAAUUUCGCUCAUAAAAAAUUGUGAUCUGGAUGUUGACAAUCUCAGUGUUCCAGGCAGAUCAGCUCAAACACUUAUCAAGUGUGGUGCUUCAACUGCAGAAGAUGGUUUUGCUACUGCAGAAAACAUUGAUAACAGGGAAGUUGAUAAAAAAAUUUCCGAUGGACCCUUAAGUGGUGGUGAAGCUAAGCAUAUGCUUCUCUCUAAUGACGACACAAAAAGGUUAGUCCCUCAAUUAGGGGGCACAGUUCCAGAUGCAGAUGUUGGUCCAGUUACUGCAACAAUGGAAGAAAAUGAUGCUUCUGUAGAAAUAAGACUUUCUUCGUUGAACUCAACUAGAAAUAGAUCAAAUAAUAAACGUUCAUAUCCGCCUUUGACUGCUGAUGGUGCACGAAGGAAGCAGAGAAUACUUGAACACUUACAGGAUCAAACAUUCAUUUUGAAAGUUGAGCUAUACAAGUGGCUUGUGAGUCUUGAGAAAAGCAAGGGCACAAAGAUGUGCAGGAAGUCCAUGUACCGAAUUCUAAACAAGCUUGAGGAAGAAGGAUACUGUAGAUGCAUAUCUUUAGCUGUACCAGCUGUCAGGAACUAUGAUAGUAACCGUAUCAUUGAGGUAGUUCUGCAUCCAUCUGUUAAAACUUUAACUCCCAAACUGCAUGGUGAAAUUCAUGAUAGGUGGAGGUCUUUUGAGAGACAAGUUCGUGCUGAGGCCUCUUGUAAGAUGAAGGACAAUGAAUCAGUUUCUUUAGUCGAUGUUGUGCAAAGAAAUCAGGAAGUUGGACCAUCCAAUGCCCUAGCUGUUAGAUUAGACAAGAUGUUUGACAAUGGCUUCAUAUUGGGAAAAAUGGUUCGCGCAAAGCUGCUGCAUUGCUUUCUCUGGGAUUACUUAACUAGUACGCCUGGUUGGGAUGAUGAUUUAAAGGAUACCUCUACAAGUUGUUUGAUUAACCUAGAAGCAGCUAUUAAGGCUAUUCCUCUUGAGCUUUUUCUGCAAGUUGUGGGUUCCACUAAAAAAGUUGACAGUAUGACAGAGAAGGAUAAGAUUGGUUUAUGUCUGUCUGAUCCUCAUUUUCAGGAGUAUAAACAUUUGCAUGAUACUCGGACGACUGGAAGAGUGUCCAUCCUUGUUAACAUCUUGCAACGACUAAAGUUGAUCGGGCUAGUGGCAGAUGGACAUUCAGAUGAUGCAGUCAAGGUCCCACAUACCACUACUGUAUAUUCCAUGGAGCUUAAGGCUUUUAUAGAGGAACCACCAGCAUUAUUUUCAAUGUCUUCAAAUUAUAGAUUUCUUGAUCUUUGCCCUCGAAUCAGACAUGAUUUUAUCUUUUCGAACAGAGAAACAAUUGAUCAGUAUUGGGAAAUUUUAGAAUACUGCUAUGUAGCUGCUGAUCGAAGAGCUGCUUCACGCACAUUCCCUGGAUCUGCUGUUCGCGAGGUUUCUUCUCACCGUUCAUGGGCUUCGGUCUGGGGUAUGACCGCUGAUCAGCGAACUGAAGUCCUGAAGCAUAUAAAAGAUGGCAGUCCAAAUGAAAAGCCUCCAUAUGAAAAAUGCCAGGAGAUUGCAAAAAGUCUUAAUCUUACCUUAGAGCAGGUGCUUCGCAUCUAUAGUGCCAAGAAUCGAAAACGUGAUAGACGAUGUCAAUUUGGUCUAAUUUCCAACGACCAGUACCAACUAGCUCAAAACAAAUGUGGUUCAUCUUCUCGGAAACGGAAGAAGGAUGCAGAAAAAAGGUCGCUUAAGCAUACCAGAGUUGAUCUAAGUGCACAGUUGGGCAAGGUAGGACUUUCUGGACAACAAGAUAAUGCUAGCCAAUUCAUUGACGAACAAAACUUUUCUGCAGCUUCUCCUGCAAAGUGCAUAUCUCAUUUGCAAGCAUCUCAUGAGAGUGAGACUAUACAAAUUUCUGAAAAUGAACAGUUAAAUGACAAGAAUGAGAAUUGUCCUUCCUCUGUCAGCCACUAUGCUGCCUCGAAGAUGAAGCAAACACCUGAAAAAAGGUUCUCUUGGACAGCUGAAGCCGAUAGGCAACUGAUCAUCCAAUAUGUAAGACACCGAGUAGCUCUUGGAGCAAAAUAUAACCGCAUAUGUUGGGCAUCACUUAGCCACCUUCCUGCACCACCAAGUUUUUGCCGAAGAAGAAUGGCAUUACUGAAGCAAGACAUGAAAUUUAGAAAAGCUCUAAUGAGGCUCUGUAACAUUGUUUCCAAAAGAUAUGAGAAGUACCUGGAGAAGAUCCAUAACAGGUCAGUAAAUGUUGAUUGUGGACAAUACAUGCAAUGUUCCUCGGGAAUAGGUCUUAAGAGGAAUUUGUUGAAUGAUAUUGAACACAAGCAUGGCACAAGUUUAAAGGAAGAAUUGUGGGAUGAUUUCGCAGAUGAAAAGAUUAAAGUAGCCUUUGAAAAGGUUCUCUGUUGCAAGAAUAUGGCUGCGAUAGAGGCAUCCAGAAGAGCUGGAUGUUUCUCUAGAUCUCAAUUUCCAUUUCAUACUGGAAAACGUGCUGAUAAAUUUUCUAAUUGGCUUCAAGAAAAUGAAGACGAUCUCAUGGUUAAACGGGUGAAACUCACUGCAGAUUUACAGGGUGGGGACAUUUUUCAUUUGUUUGCUUUAGUUUCUUCAGGCGAAUUAUCUAUUUUACCAUUGUUGCCAGAGGAAGGUGUUGGAGAACCUGAAGGCUUGAAAAGCUUGCAACAGAGCAUUGAUAAUUUCGAAUCUUGUGAUGGUCGCCGAGAAAAAGGCUUUCCUGGCAUCAUGUUAUUGGUGGAUCGUGCAACGACUUCAAGAGCGAAAGCUGUAGAAUUGUUCAAGAAUGGGAAGGACAGCAUCAGCGAACUUCUCAAUAAGGCCUAUGAGUUCCAUGCCACUUCAGGCCAUUAUACCGGCAACGGCCCAUCACAUGUCCAUAUGAAUGAAAAUGCCAAUCUUGUUAGCAAUGUCCCCAUGGCAGGGGAUUCUGGCAGGUCGCCUCUGGAAGCCUUGGCAGGCUAUUCUUUAGAUGAUAUAGCUAGUGAGAAAUCAGAUGCAAAGUUAGGAAUGUGUCUUCAUGGUGCUCACAGAGUCACUAUUCUGAAUCAUUCCAAGGAGGCUGCUCGACCCUUGGAUAUAAAUCAAGACAACAACAUGAAUGAAAGUUGUCUACGGGACAAUGUUAAUGUACCGGAAGCAACGGACAUGGAUGGAUGUUGCGCAUUCUCUUCUGCAGAUGGGACCAUGAACUGGCCUGCAUACAAGACACUCGCAAGUCAUAUUCUUGGAAUUGUUAUGCAAAAUCCUGGCGCAAAAGAGGAUGAUAUUAUCCGCCGGAUGGACAAAUUGAAUCCCCAGAUCACUAGAAAGCUUCUAGAGGCAAUGGUUCUUGACAAACACCUGAUUGUGCGGAAUCAGAGACAAAGUACAUCCAGUGGAGUCCCUACCAUAUUGGGUAGCCUCAUUGGAAGUGGCUUCAUAGGAUCAUCAGACUCAAUUUAUCAGAAACAUUUCUUUGCUAACCCCGUAAGUAUAUCAUUAUUGUAAAGAAUGAUUUACUCUUAAAUAAAAUAUUUAUCCUAAUAGCCUCUCCUUGAGUAGAGUUUGUUUAUUCUGUAGAUCAUGAAAUUGGCCUACCAAGGAACAUUUGUAGGACCUUUGUAAAGAUGUUGAUUAUACUGAGUUCACCAAUUAUUGGUGUAUUCAAGUAAUAGGGCUCUGUUUU